GUCAAAUUGACCUAUUCCGAACCAAACUUGUUUUUUUUGUUUCAGUCGUCCUCCUCCGCCAGCUUCCCCUGCUUGUGCCUUUCGAAAUCCAUAAAUAGCAACGAAAUUACCAUCCAAAGAUCAAACAAUCCUCCAUCGGAUCCUCGUCCUCGCUCCGGUAAUUUCUCCCUGUUUUUUGUUUUUUCUUUCGCCUUUUUCUUUCGCCUUUUGACUCAGAUUCUUCUGCGGAAGAGAAAAGUUCGUUUGAUGCAUCUGUAGCUCAAGAGGGGGGGAAUCGCAUCUGGAUGCUUCAGCCACUUUUUGUGUUCCUGUGCUCUUGUAGAAUAGCGAGAGAAAAAGAAUAAUUUUUUUCUUCCGGAUCUUCGGUUGUUCUUCAAGACAGACAACUGCUAGAGCAACCCAGAAUUUACUGGAUGGUUAAGAUCUGAAGUUUUGGAAAAUGAGUACGAGCCGAGUGAGAUGGAACGAGGAAAACUUGUAUGAGAUUGAAGCCAAUAAACCAGUGAGGCAAAAAAUCACUGAACCUAAAACGCCUUACCAUCCUAUGGUCGAUGAUGACGUAUCAGACUCUGAAACAGAUAGAUCAAGACUAAGCUUCAAGGAGCACCGCAAAGCUCACUAUGAUGAAUACCGAAAGGUGAAGGAGCUCAUGCUGUCACAAUCUCUAGCGGAGAUGGUGCCAGGAAAGACAACACCGGUGAAGGCAGGAGCUCACAGGAUCUAAUGUGUGCAACCAACAUGCAAGAUGGCCAGUGAGAUGUUGGGUUGAAGCAACUCCGCACUGGGGAUUGCAGAGCAAUAUAUUAAUUUUUAGUGUGAUAACCAAUGCCUAAAGUUUGGAAGAAUGGUUUGCGCUUUGAGAUUAUUAGUCUGUUAAUAUUGUUAAUCUGGUGAUUGUUUGUCUGGUCCUCAAUUUGUCUAAUUAAGAUUAUUAAGAGUAAA